UUCGUUCUCAUUCGCUUUGAUUAUAGCAAAGUUGCAGAUCUAAACGAUUGCGAUAAAAACUGUCCAGGCGCUGAUAAGUAUUGACGUCAGGCUGUUCCAUUUCAUUAUACAACCGGUUAUCUUCAUCAUUCAUAUUGUGUGAAAAGUGAAAACAAAAACAGUCGUGUUGUGAACUAAUACGUUGGACUCUGUGCUUGAGAUUUAAAGUUGUUAAAAUGUCUCCGUUGCUGUACAAAACAGACGCAAGCCCGCCGGCUCGUACGGUAAUGAUGGUGGCAGAUAUUCUUGGAUUAAAUCUGGAUAUGAAAGAAAUAAAUCCAGUAUUAAGAGAACAAGAUACACCUGAACUUACUAAGAAAAAUCCAAUGAGGACUGUUCCUAUGUUAGAAGAAGACAACUUCUGUUUAGCUGAUAGUCACGCCAUAAUUCUCUACCUUUUCGAUAAGUACGCCAAAUCUGAACACCAACAUUUUUAUCCAUCAGACAAGAGAAAAAGAGCUACGAUUAAUCAAAGAUUAUUUUUCGAUUGCGGCGUUUUAUUUCCAAGACUCAGGUCUAUUAUGGCUCCAACUUACGGUGGUAAACUGACUGAAAUAUCAAAAUCCAUGAUAAGGAAUGUCGAAGACGCGUACAGAAUGCUUGAAAUAUAUUUAUCUGAUACGUUAUACUUGGCUGAUGACGUCAUAACUCUUGCAGAUAUUAGCGUCAUGACCACCAUGUCAACACUCAACGGAUUGCAUUCUAUCAACGAAAAAACAUAUCCUAAAUUGAAACAAUGGUUUAAUAAUAUGUCACAGCAAGAAUACUGUAAAAGGAUAAAUGAACCCGGCAGCAAACAGCACAUCUACGGCUUGAAGACUCUCAUGGAACAUAAUAAACAAAAAUCCAAACUUUAGCUCCUACACAAUAGAAAAUCACAUUUAUUAACAUAAUUUGUGUAUUCGAAGCUGUUAUAUAUUUUAAAACAAUAGCAAAGUAAUUGUACACUAACUUGCCUAUAAUCAAGAUAGUCGACUGAUUUUUUUUUUUAAUUUACACUAUUGAAUCGAAGAACAUCAAAUGAAAUAUACACAUAUCGGUAGCAAGGGCCAAGAAUGUUAUAGCAGAGACAUUAAGCAAACAUUGCUGGCCACAUGUUAGUUAAGCAUAAUUUAAAAAAAAAAAGAAAAAAAAUUUUUACAAAU